GUGGUACUGCAGCAUUUUAUGCGCUGCUGUAUCGACGUGGGAAGCAGCCAGAAGGCCUUCCCCGUGAUUUUUUCAUCGGCAAGGAUGUUGCCCAUGCCAGCGACGAGCUAGACUUCUAUGCCCGGCUUCGAGAGGCGGUGAAAGAAGGUGGGAGCUGGGCGGCUUUCGGCUGUAUGGCCAUGGCUUGCCCUGGCAUCGUGCGCUUGGAGUGUUUGGGUGCCAAAUCGCAUCUGCGGACCAAGCGGUUGCUGUUGCUCCUUGAGAACUUACGCCAUGGUUUUGAGCGUAUGCGGCUCCUGGAUGUGAAGCUAGGGGCCGAGACAUCCGUGGCAGGCUGGAAGGGAAAAAGUCGAUUGAAUGCGUGGAAGAAUGCAUGCGUGGACCAGCGAACGAACUCGGCUGUGGAGGGCUUCCGCCUCGAGGGCAUGGAGCUACCUCCACAGUCUCUCGAGAAGAGGAUUUUGGAGGUACUCAAGGCCAAGAGCACGGCCACUGCCAAGUACAUUUCACCGAAGGUCAUACGGCGUUUCACCUUGCAAAGGCUCCGGGCAGCUGACUUCCUGGAGUCAUGGCUGGACGUGUCAGAUCUGGGAGCUGGCGCAGAGCUACAUGCCCAGAAAGCAGCUUUGGCCACUUUCAAGCAGACGCAGCUAUUGCUCACAGCUGUGCUUGGUUUGGACGUUCCACAACAAUGGAUCGGCUCGUCUGUCGCUUUGGCCAUGGAGGUUGGCAGCUGUUGCUUGCAACCGCGGGUUGCGGUGAAGGUUUUCGAUUGGGGCCGGGCCGAGCUCAACACGUUAGACGACUUCAAUUCUUUGGCUUCUGAAGAGAAGGAGAGCCGUAGACGUUACUGGAAGCAGUACUUGCAAGCUCUGGCGCGUAUGCACUGGGAGUUGGGCCGUCUGGUGGCUCACCGAUUCUGUUGCCCCGCAUGGUCUGUCUUCGUGAUGGAGCUGCGGGCUGUCACGCCGGUCGUGCUACGUGCGGCCUUGCUGGGCGAAACCCUUUCAGCCUCUCAGGAGGUUCUUGGCAUGGGACUUUUCCAGAUGUCUCCAGAGGGCGGUCACGGAGAGAUCUCGUUGCCGCUGCUGGGCGCUGUUCGGCAGGAGACUCUGCUGGGUUCUCUCCGACUCCGUAUCGGCAUUCCAGUUCAUGGGAUCGGUGCUUGCUCCGUCGAGGUUUGCGAGACCUUUGACGUGGAGGUCGGCGACCUGUUUGGCUGCAUCGUAACUGUGAAAGUCAUUGCUUUCGAGCGGCCCGGUGAUGCGCGGAUGCACUUGGAGGCAUUCCAGUCUGGGUGCCCGGCUCCUCUACCACGAGGGCACGUCUGUUGCCGCAGCACUUCUCCGGCCACUGCGACACAGAGCAAGCUUGUCUGGCAGGACCAUUUGGAAUUUUAUGGUCUUGGAGAGGCUGCACAGGCGGCCGAGGCGGAGGUGCGGGGCUGCUUGGAAUCGCUGGGUGUGGAUUGUACGGGUGACUGGCUGGCUUCAAUGCCACCUUCGAUCUCGGAACCGGUCGCUUUGAUGGAGCAUGUCCCAAGCACAGCAUGUAUGAGGCUUUCCGAGUCGGGGGUUUCAUAG